GAGUGACCACAUUAUUAUUCGUCAGCGGUUAGCUAAGUAGAAAAUAUGUAAAGUAUUUUGUGAACCACAAGUGGACGUAGAAAGAAAUGAAAUUCGUUCAGAUGACACUAUUUUAAAGCUGCAGAGAAGACUUCCUGGGUUUGAAUGGAUAGAGCCAGUGAAGGAGGAAGAGGGGGCAGAAGAGGAGUCAAAGGAAGCCAUAGGGAGCCGGACAGAGAUGUCAGCCUGUCUAAAUCCAUGUCUUAUGUGUUACGUCAUGGAGCCAGUCGGAUGGGUUUUGAAAUGGGCACAGAUGGCUUCCUGUUUGUGGAAGAUCUCCUGGCUCACCCACAAUUCCGCUCAUAUUCAUUAGAGGACAUCGAGAGGGUUGUAGCCACGAACGAAAAGCAGCGUUUUAAGCUUCGCUCCCACCCAGAAGAUGGCCGGCUGCAGGUUCGGGCCAAUCAGGGUCAUUCAGUACAGGUUGUGGAUCUGGAGCUAAAACCAGUUCUAGCGAGUUCUCCGGACUGCCCAGCUGAGGCUGUUCAUGGCUCCUACCUGCGCCACUGGAGCUCCAUAAAACAGCAAGGCCUGAGCCGCAUGAACAGGACUCACAUCCACCUGGCGUCGGGUCUGCCGGGAGAGGACGGCGUCAUAAGUGGCAUGAGAGGAAAUUGUGAUCUCGCCGUGUUUAUUGAUGUCCCCAAAGCCCUUGCUGAUAGUAUUGAGUUUUUCUGGUCAGAGAAUGGUGUGUUGCUGACUCCAGGCAACAGUGAGGGUAAACUUCUCCCUAAAUACUUCAUCCGGGCCCUGAGACUGAAGCCUACAAGAAGUCUUCUGCCACUGGAAUAACAUCAGCUAAAGUUGCUGCUUUGUCAGCCUGUUUACGUCACAUGGUUGCUUUAUAUUUAUUUUCGUCUCCUUCGCAACACUUGGUUUGCAACAACAUCCUGCUGAACCGCUCAGAAGGAGUCGUUUUAAAUGGAACGUAUCUGUUAAACAUUGAUUCCUCUGUCAUUACUGACAAGGCGGGUGCAAAUAUAACCACUAUUUUUUUAUACUUGAACUUAACACAAUUAUUAAUAAUGAUUUUCCAACAAUCAAACUUUAAUAAAAACAUUACGCACAAUCUUAA